AAAAAAAAUUGUUGACAAAACCCAGCCCACAUUUUGUUAGGGUUUUCUAUCUCCUUCUCUACACGGGGUCCAACUUUUCUCCUGCGCCAUCUCCUUCACUCCCCACCAUCUUUCAUUCGAUCUCUGCCACCCUCUCUCACUCCGCCACCCUCUCAUACUCGCUGUCUCCCUCACUCAGUCCGUAGCACCUUCUUCCUCUAAUCGAUCCAUAUUGCUUCCUCCAUCAAGGUCUUCACCAAAACCGUUAGAUUUAGGGCCGCCGCCUCCGUCUUCCGUCCUCCAUUCAGCCAUCCAGGAGGCAGGAGUCAUCUUAUCAUAAAAGGAUGAAGCAUAUUGUAAAGAUCAUAACAAUUCUGGUAACCAUAUCUGCUUUAUGGAUUGGACUCUUGCAGGCAUCUAUUCUUCCUCGUAGCUAUACUUGGUUGCCACCUCUCUAUUUCAUUGUCUCUCUGGGAUGCUAUGGUCUGUUAAUGGUUGGAGUUGGUCUUAUGCAAUUUCCAACUUGUCCUCAAGAAGCUGUACUACUACAGCAGGACAUAGUAGAGGCCAAGGAGUUUCUGAAGCAAAGAAAUGUUGACGUGGGUUGUUCAAAUUGACUUUAUUGUGACUUUGUACAAAUCAAAACAAUCCAAAAGCAACAAGGAAUUCCUUUUAACUUUACUCGACUUAAUGAAUUUACAAUAGAAAAAGGGUUUGUGGUCUUUUGAUUUAUUGUGAUUAAUAUAAACAAAUUUUUUUA